UUGAAGGCUGAGAUAUGCCUCCCAAUGUGUAAAUGAAAUUAAACAAACUGAAUUACUAAACUAAAGAUUUUACAUCUCAUUUUAGAGUAACUCGGGUAAGGAACAACAUGCAUCAGAUACAUCUACGUCAGGCGAAGGAGAAACUUCACAAUGAAAUCCACCAGACGAUGAAGAUGUACUCCAACGAGAAGCAUCAUCUCCUCAAGCAGCUAGCCAACCUCCGCCAUGACCUCACCGACCUCAAGCUACCCGAAAUAGCGUCAAACGUAUACGACCCGUAUCAAACGCCAAGGAUUGAACCCAAGCAGCACAUGACAGAAAAACUAAAAUUUCACAAGAGUGACAAGCAUAGAAGUAAAAAUCAAGCAAGCAGUAAGAAAUCUUCAGUUAAAUGUGACACUGACACUUCUGAUUACGAAUCAGAUUUUGAAAAGUCGGUGAGUGAUACAGAUCAAACAUUAUUUGGAGAUCAUAAAGAUCUAGACUUGAUCAUCAAUGAUGAUAAAUCGGUGUCGGAUUUACCUUCUAAUGUCGUCUUGGGAAGUCAUCCAAACACUCAGUGGUAUUCUGGGAAAUAUUUACGACACUCAUCACUAGAUCAUGCAGCUAAAUCACAGACCGUGCAACAAAAACCCAACACUGCCCUCUAUCCAGAAAUAUCGCAGAAACAUAUCGCAACACUCGCAGUUCAAGACAGACAGAGAUGUGAGAUAAAAUUGCCGACAAUCAAAGGAAUUAACAAGAAGAAAGUUAAAUUUGAUGGCAAAACUGCUGUCAAACUAAUACCACACGAACCAAACACAAACCUAACGAAAAUGGCGUACGAAUCACAGCAGAGGAAACAGAGAUCAGAGAAACUCCCACCUAUCGAGGACUGGAAAAUGAGGAGAGCUGCUAAAGGUCAGAUGAGGGGGAGGAGUAGUCCCACAGGUAUAUACUUACCUCCCCUCAAAAGUCAAAAACAGAAGAGAACUCUGGAGGUAAUUCCGGAAACCCUCGCAGAAUCAGCCGAGUGGAAAGCGCUGUACCUGAACAUCCACGAUGAGGACACGCGUAACAAGACACUGUCAGACAUUCUCCACGCGGUCAGAAUCAGAAUGCAGAAUAACGAGCGCAGCUUAAAGUUUGGCGAACGGAGAAGUCCAGACAAAACAGACAAUUUCUUGUGUGACUAUUUGCUCAAUUCACAGUCAAAGAAAGACAGGCGACGUAGAGGACAGAUUCCCAGCCAUGCAGCAGAGAGAUGCUUUCGGCGAUCGAACGCGGUACACCUACAAAACUACCUUCACAAGCUGUCUCGACAACGGCGCAUGAUCGAACACAUGGCUGGGGAGGAGUACAGACUGACACACAUUGUUGGACACAAACACUUACAAGAUGCCCUGCCAAUGUAACAGUUCAUGGAGACACCUACACUAAGAGUAAAAACUCUCACAGACUGACACACAUUGGACACAAACAUUUACAAGAUGCCCUGCCAAUGUACAGUUCAUGGAGACAACUACACUAGAGUAAAAACUCUCACAGACUGACACACAUUGGAUACAAACAUUUACAAAAUGCCCUGCCAUUCUAACCGAUCAUGGAGACAACUACACUAGAGUAAAAACUCCUAACAGACUGACUCACAUUGGAUACAAACAUUUACAAGAUGCCCUGCCAAUCUAACUGUUCAUGGAGGCAAAAACUCUAAAAUUACCCGUAUGUAAUCUGAUUCUGGACUCACUUUUUGCUUAAAUGUUGGCUCAUGUUCCUCAUAGUGCAAGCAGCUUUAACGUUAUGGUGGUUUAAUAAAGAACUGUGUCAAACUGAAAGAUAACAGCACUUUACAAGA